AUGGACCACUCGGACUAUCCGGCAGUAACCGAACGACAUGAUUUUGACACAAAUGAAUCGAGGAGUUAUAGUUAUCGAAAGCUUGGGACAGAUGUUUAUGGGACUAGGAGGAAUUGGUUGAAGAUUCCAGAGAUUGAAACGAAGUUUAGGGGAUUUGAUAUCGAAAGGGGGUUUAGCGUCGGUUUGAUGGCAGAUCGAAGCUAUGAGUUUGUAGGUGGGCUUUCUUUCGGUUUUAUUCCUUCCAGUGGCGGUGGUGGUGGUAGAUUGGGAAUCAACCUUCUCACAUUAUUCUCCAUGGGCAUCCGCCCCGUCCUGAUCUCUAAUACCUCCAAACCAGCUGAAAUCUCAAAUCUUAUGGAAACCGCAAAGACAGAGUUCCUCAUCCCCCCUUCCAAAUUCUUCAAACAUCAGCAAUGGAUUCAAAACUUCAUCAAAGACCAUCCAGAAUACAAACUCUUCGCAAACGAUGAAUUGGAAUCAUGGAAGGAUUUAAGACCCUUAGGUGAAAAUCAACUAUCACAAGAAUACUUGCUAGAAAUUCCCAAAACAAAGCAAGGAACAAUCUUAUUCACGUCCGGCACAACCGGGAACCCCAAAGCAGUCUUCACCGAUGCCUCCUCCAUCUCCCAACAAUGUACCUCCCUCCGCAAUCUCUGGGAAUACACCGAAGAAGACCGUCUCCUCCACGUCCUCCCAACCCACCACAUCCACGGUCUCUCAAACUGCCUUCUUACCCCCCUAACCGCCGGCAGCGCAAUAGAAUUCAUCUCCCAACCCUUCAACGCCCACAAAGUCCUCCACCGAAUCUCCCAACCCCCAUCAGUAGACUUUCCACCAAUAACAAUGUUCCACGGCGUUCCAACAAUGUAUUCAGCCUUCAUCUCAGCCUACGAGUCCUACGACUCCUUCCAAAAGGAAAAAGUAGCAAAGGGUUUAAAGGGACUUAGAGUAGCCGUCUGUGGAUCAGCUGCAUUACCUGUCCCCAUCGCUAAAAAAUGGGAAGAAAUAACGGGGACUCUACCAUUAGAGCGAUAUGGCAUGACAGAAACCGGAAUGGUAUUCUCGAACUCCCUUGAUCCAUCACUCCGAAAACUCGGUUCAGUGGGUUAUCCGAUGCCAGGUGUUCACGCACAUCUAGUCGACCCUAAUGAUCGAUUAAUAAUGGUCUCCAACGUCCCCGGGAAAUUGGUCGUUCGUUGGCACAGCGAAAGUCAAUUAUUUCAUAAAUAUUGGAACGAUAUAAAGGCUACUAAUAGAGCCAGGGUAAAACCUGAACAGGUCGCCCCACAAGCGAUACAAAAAAUUGAAGAUGGGAAGGUAGUCAUGAAGACUAUGAAGUUGAAAAGGGGGGAUAAACCGGUUAGACAGAAGGUUAAGGAUCAUUGGUUUAGAACGGGGGAUAUGGCGAUUAGAGGGGAUGAUGGGGAGUAUUAUAUGUUGGGGAGGGAGAGUGUGGAUAUCCUAAAAGUAGCAGGCCACCUAACCUCCGCCCUCGAAAUCGAGCGAGAAAUCCUAACUCUCCCCGAAAUCUCAGAAGUCGCAGUCGUCGGUGUCAAAUCCCAAAAAUUUGGUGAUAUCCCCCAUGCCAUAAUAGCUCUAAAACCCGAAUAUGCAACAAAAUUAAACUCCACUGCGGGCAAAGAAGCGGAAGGGAAAGAGUAUAAAAGGGAAUUCAUAAACAGUCUAAGAAAAAGAAUGAGAGAAAAAUUAAGUGAAGAGAAGUUACCAAGACGAUGGAUUAUUACGGAUGCUAUACCUAGAAAUGCCAUGGGGAAAGUUAAUAAGAAACUGUUAUUGGCUGAUGAGAGGUUUUUUCCAAAGGGUAAUAACGUUGAAGGAACUGCGGGAUUGGAUGGGGCUUCUAGCUCAGAUAUCGUGGAGGAGGUUAAUGAAGCGGUUGAGCCUGAGGAGGGACAGCGUGAUCAUGAGGAUACUGAGCCAGAGGCAAAACAGUAG